AUGGGUUCAGUGACGGCGAUCUUGUGCAUCUUCGGUGUUUUCCUUGUCAUUGACAGUGUAUACGCUGCGGGCUCCUGUCCACUCGCGUCCAAGGUAUACAGCUGCAGCCCCAAAUGUAUUCAGAACUAUGACUGCAGCCACGGCAAGAUCUGCUGCCCCAACUCCUGCAACGCUAAAUCGUGUAUUGACGCUGCUGCUUUUGGCAACACUGGCGGAAAUGACAAAUAUUCACAGUCCGGUGGACCGGGUGUUUACUGCAACAACAUGAAAUGCAGCUCGUUCGAGGUGUGCAAGGUGGACCCCGCCACCAAGAGGAUGAAGUGCAUGCGCGCUUGA